AAAGGGAAGCAGCCAACGGCAACAACAACAACGGCGGCGUUGUGUAAUACAUAUAGAUAGAUAUCUGGAAAUAUCGGUGUCCCUAUCCAUCUUUCUUUGAAUAUGGAAUGUAGGGCAGGCCUCGGAACAGCUCGAGUCUGAGGGGAAACUCACAAGCGCAGGCAAGAUGGAGGACGCGGGGCCGAGCGAGCGAGGAGGGAGAGGGAGGAGGAGAUGGUGGGGGAAGAAGGCGAAGGAGCCCCACAGACGCUGCCUGCCCUCCCGCCUCCCCUCAUUCGCUCGCCCCCUUUCCCGGCGCUCCCUUGGCGGACGCGGCGGCGGGAGGGAGCGAACCUGAAGACGGAAAUAACCCCCUCAAGGAAAAAAAAUCGCUCCAGCUUUAAAUUGCUAUUUUUUCCCCUCUUUCUCUGCAUCCAUUCCCCUCUCUCCAAUCAACCUUUCAACCGGAGAGGAAAAAGGCCUAGCCCGCCUCCUUCGGGCACAAAAAAUGGAGACUCGCCCCUAUCCGUUCCUCUCUGCCCCCCCCCCAAACAACGAUCCAGGGGUAAUUGUUUGGGGUGGGGAGGCUGCCAGGGUAGGUAAGGAGGAUAAGAUGCAAGCCUGUGUUGUCUACUAUUAAGAGCUACGGCUGGCAAGAUGGAGGAUUUCCAGCAGAUUAUUUGGGGGGGGGGAUGGAAAUGGGUGUGCAGUGUGUGUGUGUGUUAGAAAAGGGCACUUCGUUGGAUAUGUUGGUGUUUUUUUUAAAAAAAACACACACACACACUACCACCACCACCAGCAACAACGGCAGCACGAAUGCCUAACCUCUUAACGUUGUGAACCGCCCUGAGAUCUGUACAUGAAGGGCGGUAUACACAUCGUAAAAAUAAUAAUGAUUCUCUCAACUCCCCAAGCUGGGAGAAGGCGAAUCGGACUUCUCGGUUCUCCGUGGGAGGAAGCUACGGGGGCGCUUGUAAGACACGCUUGGUGGCAGAGAAAUCAGGAAGGCUUAGUGGUUUUUCUGCCUUCCGAUCCUUCUCUCACCCCCGUUCCCCCCCUCCACUUCAAAGCGAUGAGAAGGAAAAUGACAUUUCCCUUUUUUGCAUAUUGGGGAAUUAAAAACUUUCGAGCGGGCCUAUGCCUCGAGCUGGACGGAAAACCCUCAACUUUUCUUGUCCUCCUGUGACUUUGGCAAAGGGACAGUAUAUCAUGGGAAAUGGAUGCACUGGGAGGAGUGAACACUCCUGUCUUUCUCUCUGUUCGGGGAGGAACUUUUGCGCGAGUUGUUUUUCCACAUCGAUAAUGAUUUUUAAGUGAGUUGUUGGGAAAACGUGGGAUUUGCUUCUUGCCCACUUCAUCUCCACGCAUUUUGAAAGUGUGAGGAAUGUACUGCCCGAUGUCCUGAACAUGUUUACAUAGAAGGAAAUUGUACUGUGUUCAGAGAGCCUUUACUCACAAGUAAAAACCUCAAGGAUUGUAACCUUAGACAUGUUUCCCAUCCCUCCUCCGGCCUUUUAUGUUUUAUGGUGGCCGCUUUGAACUGUUAGUGGUGAUGGUGGGGGAACCAAACCCCUGUUCAAAGUGACUUUUUGGUGUGCUUGUGCUGCUGGAAACCCCGCUGGGCCGCUGCCGGGUGGGAGGAGAGGAAGAGGCGGAAGGAGGCUGUUUAAUAGCUUUGGGUUUUUUUGUUUUGUUUUUGGCGCCACUUUUGUUUUAGAUACAUACUCUCUUGUCGCUCUUUUCCUCUCGUCUCCACACUCUUAGAAACUGAGCUGAUUACUCUCCAGGUAUGAACUGGUCCCAUUUUCUUAGACGUAAACGUCCCCUUCCUGGCAUUUUUGUAUGUGUGUGUGUGUCCCAGAAAAUAGGGCGGCGGCGAAAUGACCCAAAGUGGAUGAAACCUUGUGAGAUUCUUCCCACUCCCGAUUUUUGGUGGUGUGCGGUGUCUAGCGUGAACUUGCUGCCCUUGGAUUUUGAAAUGUGUUAGUUUUACCGCCUGCUUUUUCCAUUUUCUGUAGAUUUGCUAAGCUCUGUUUUGAACCUCUUUGUGUCCAGUUUCAGCACAAGUAUGUAUAUAUGGGGCAGGGUAUUGAUCAACUUGCCAGUCGACCUAAGCAACUGUGGGUCUCCCCGGGCGCUGCUGCCCUCGAGGCGUUCCACACCGUGGCUUGUAGCCCUUAUUCGGUACGUAGUUCCCUUCCUGCGGUGAGGGAGGAGGCGCUUUUGGCUGCCACACCCCAUGUUUGUUUCAUUCUAGCCGAGGCUCGGCUCGGCUCGGCUCGUCCUGUCCCCUUUCCCCAUGGAGAUGCCGGCUUAGCUCCGUUCUCUCAACGCCUACGGGUUAAGAGAAGGAAACAUGCCGAACAAAAUUAUCUGUUGUUGUCGUCGUCCUCCUCUUAGGGGAAGGAGGGUAGUUUUCUUUUUUUUUUAUCAGCAUCAUGGGGGAGGGCGGGGAGUCGGGUUACCGAAGUGCGUCACACAGUCCUGGUUGAUGGGGCCUACUCCGCAGCCGACUUGUGCUCUGAUGCUCGCAGAAAUCACCCCCGCCCACCCUGCAUUCUCGCUUUCGUCAGCCUCCCUAGAAGACACCGAAUCUUCUAUUCUUGGCAAGUGGGUUUAAGUGCACUUGAGGAAAGGGCUGGAUUUCUAAACAUCUGAACACGCGUGUGUUUCUGAAUGCAAAUCAUUUGAGUUUGUGGACAAAGUAGUGCAUGAUUUAUGGCCUACUCCCUGAAAGUGCGCUGUAGAGAGAGAUAUUUCAAUCCACACCUUGGGGCUGCCAUCAGAAACAUCACCUGGAGUCUUGCAGAUACAGCAUCUGUCCUGAAUUUCAGCCAAAGCUUAUGCCUCUCUUAAGGACACAACAGAAGCUUGCUUUGUAUAGGCUACUGCAACAAGAGUGAUAAACAAUUACUCUUGCAAACUACAGCUGCCUUUGAAUGCAUUUUUAAUACAGUAGUGCUCCAGAAGAUGAUAAAGAAAUGAUAGCAGCUCAAGAAGCAACAACUAACUUUGCUCUGCUUCAGGAGUCUGAAACACAUUUUUCUUCAGAUACUGAUUUUGAAGAUAUUGAAGGAAAAAAUCAGAAACCAGGAAAAGGAAAGACCUGUAAAAAGGGGAAAAAAGGUGCAGGAGAGAAGGGGAAAGUUGGAAACGGAGCAGGGAAGCCUGGUGGUCCAAAUCGAAUGAAUGGGCAUCACCAGCAGAAUGGUGUGGAAAACAUGAUGCUGUUUGAAGUUGUUAAAAUGGGCAAGAGUGCUAUGCAGUCUGUGGUAGAUGACUGGAUAGAAUCCUACAAACAUGACAGGGAUAUAGCACUUCUUGAUCUCAUCAACUUCUUUAUUCAAUGUUCAGGCUGUAAAGGGGUUGUAACAGCAGAGAUGUUUCGACAUAUGCAAAACUCAGAAAUUAUUCGGAAAAUGACUGAAGAAUUUGAUGAGGAUAGUGGAGAUUAUCCACUUACCAUGGCUGGUCCUCAAUGGAAGAAAUUUAAGUCAAGCUUUUGUGAGUUUAUUGGAGUAUUGGUCCGGCAGUGUCAGUAUAGUAUCAUAUAUGAUGAAUAUAUGAUGGACACAGUCAUUUCACUACUUACAGGACUAUCAGACUCUCAAGUCAGGGCAUUUCGACAUACUAGCACACUGGCAGCUAUGAAACUGAUGACUGCAUUAGUGAAUGUGGCAUUAAAUCUGAGCAUUAACAUGGACAAUACCCAACGACAGUAUGAAGCAGAACGAAAUAAAAUAAUUGUAAAACGAGCUAAUGAUAGACUGGAGCUCUUGCUACAAAAAAGGAAAGAGCUCCAAGAAAAUCAGGAUGAAAUAGAGAAUAUGAUGAAUGCAAUUUUUAAAGGUGUAUUUGUUCAUAGAUACAGGGAUGCAAUAGCUGAAAUAAGAGCAAUCUGUAUUGAAGAAAUUGGGAUUUGGAUGAAAAUGUAUAGUGAUGCCUUUCUCAAUGACAGCUAUUUAAAAUAUGUGGGAUGGACAAUGCAUGACAAGCAAGGGGAGGUAAGACUCAAAUGUCUUACAGCUUUGCAAGGGCUUUAUUAUAAUAAAGAACUGAAUUCCAAAUUGGAGCUCUUCACCAGUCGAUUCAAGGAUAGAAUUGUGUCUAUGACUCUAGACAAAGAAUAUGAUGUGGCAGUGCAAGCAAUAAAACUACUUACUCUUGUUUUACAGAGUAGUGAAGAAGUCCUGACUGCAGAAGACUGUGAAAAUGUCUACCACCUGGUUUACUCAGCCCAUCGUCCAGUAGCUGUAGCAGCAGGAGAAUUUCUUUAUAAAAAGCUUUUUAGUCGUAGAGACCCUGAAGAGGAUGGAAUUCUUAAAAGACGGGGGAGACAAGGUCCAAAUGCUAACCUUGUCAAGACUUUAGUAUUUUUCUUUUUGGAAAGUGAGUUACAUGAGCAUGCUGCUUACUUGGUGGACAGCAUGUGGGAUUGUGCCACUGAUCUCUUGAAGGACUGGGAAUGUAUGAAUAGUCUUCUGUUGGAGGAGCCACUCAAUGGAGAAGAACCUUUAACAGACAAACAGGAAAGUGCACUAAUUGAAAUAAUGCUGUGUACAAUUAGACAAGCAGCUGAAUGUCAUCCCCCAGUAGGAAGAGGCUCAGGAAAGCGGGUACUUACGGCAAAAGAGAAAAAAGCACAGUUGGAUGACAGGACAAGGAUUACAGAACUUUUUGCUGUGGCUCUCCCUCAGCUAUUAGCAAAAUAUUCCGUAGAUGCAGAGAAAGUCACCAACUUGUUACAGUUGCCACAAUAUUUUGAUUUGGAGAUCUACACAACAGGAAGAUUAGAAAAGCAUUUGGAUGCCUUGUUGCGACAGAUCCGGGAUAUUGUUGAAAAGCACACCGACACAGAUGUUUUGGAAGCUUGCUCUAAAACGUACCAUGCACUCUGUAAUGAAGAGUUCACAAUAUUUAAUAGAGUGGACAUUGCAAGAAGUCAACUAAUGGAUGAACUGGCUGACAAAUUCAAUAGACUUCUUGAAGAUUUUCUGCAAGAGGGUGAAGAGCCUGAUGAAGAUGAUGCUUAUCAGGUCCUAUCAACAUUAAAGCGAAUCACUGCAUUUCAUAAUGCUCAUGAUCUGUCAAGAUGGGAUUUAUUUGGUUGUAACUACAAGUUAUUAAAAACAGGCAUUGAGAACGGAGAUAUGCCUGAACAGAUUGUUAUUCAUGCUCUGCAGUGUACUCACUAUGUAAUCCUUUGGCAGCUAGCAAAAAUUACUGACAGCAGUUCUACAAAGGAGGAUCUUCUACGCUUAAAGAAACAGAUGAGGGUAUUUUGUCAAAUCUGCCAGCACUAUCUUACCAAUGUAAAUACUGCUGUUAAAGAACAGGCCUUUACAAUUUUGUGUGACGUAUUAAUGAUCUUCAGUCAUCAGAUUAUGUCAGGAGGUCGUGACAUCUUAGAGCCGCUAGUUUACACUCCUGACUCUUCAUUGCAAGCUGAAAUGUUGAAUUUUAUUCUUGAUCAUGUCUUCAUUGACCAGGAUGAUGAUAACAACAGUGCAGAUGGACAGCAGGAUGAUGAAGCCAGUAAGAUUGAAGCUUUGCACAAAAGAAGAAAUUUGCUUGCAGCUUUUUGUAAACUUAUUGUAUAUACUGUGGUGGAAAUGAAUACUGCUGCAGAUAUUUUUAAGCAAUAUAUGAAGUAUUACAAUGAUUAUGGAGAUAUAAUCAAAGAAACAAUGAGUAAAACAAGGCAAAUAGAUAAAAUCCAGUGUGCAAAGACUCUGAUUCUCAGUUUACAACAGCUUUUCAAUGAGAUGAUUCAAGAAAAUGGGUAUAACUUUGACAGAUCAUCACCAACUUUCAGUGGCAUUAAGGAGUUAGCUCGACGUUUUGCUUUAACAUUUGGACUCGAUCAACUGAAAACAAGAGAAGCCAUUGCUAUGCUACACAAGGACGGCAUAGAGUUUGCUUUUAAAGAGCCUAACCCUCAAGGUGAGAGCCACCCACCAUUAAAUCUUGCAUUUCUUGAUAUAUUGAGUGAGUUCUCAUCCAAACUUCUCAGGCAAGACAAAAAAACAGUGUACGUAUAUCUGGAGAAGUUCAUGACUUUUCAGAUGUCUCUCCGAAGAGAAGAUGUGUGGCUUCCACUCAUGUCUUACAGGAACUCUUUGCUAGCUGGGGGUGAUGACGAUACUAUGUCAGUCAUUAGUGGAAUCAGUAAUCGAGGGUCUACAGUAAGGAACAAAAAAACAAAACCAGCUACAGGGAAGCGGAAACUACCAGAAGCUGAGGAAAGCAGCAGUAGUGACAGCAUGUGGAUGAACAGGGAGCAGACAAUGCACACACCUGUCAUGAUGCAGACGCCGCAACUCACUUCCACCAUCAUGAGGGAGCCCAAAAGAUUGCGGCCCGAAGAAAGCUACAUGGGUGUCUAUCCAAUGCAACCUGAACACCACCAACCUCCGCUCGAUUACAAUACGCAGGUGACAUGGAUGUUAGCUCAAAGGCAGCAGGAAGAAGUAGCGAGACAGCAGCAGGAGAGAGCAGCCAUGAACUACGUGAAGCUGAGAACCAACCUGCAGCAUGCCAUUCGACGUGGCACAAGUCUAAUGGAGGAUGACGAGGAGCCAAUUGUGGAAGAUGUGAUGAUGUCAUCAGAAGGGCGCAUUGAAGAUCUCAAUGAAGGCAUGGAUUUCGAUACCAUGGACAUAGAUUUACCACCAUCAAAGAAUAGGAGAGAGAGAACAGAGCUAAAGCCAGAUUUCUUUGAUCCUGCUUCAAUCAUGGAUGAAUCUGUUCUUGGGGUAUCAAUGUUUUAAUACCAGUACAACCGAUAACUCCAUGCUGAAGUUUUCUAAUGUGGAAGAGAUUUUUAAAAUAAAAAACAUGUGGUAGAUACAGCGAUAUUCUAAAUAAGAUUUUUUCUCUAAGGAGAAUGAUGUGCUUAAAAGAUCCAGUACAUUUAAGAGGCAGUUUUGUUUGCCUGAAACAUAAAGGACAAGUAAACAACUUGAGGAUAAGCUACAGUUUCUGUUGGCAAACCAGUAUUUUAUUUAUGUAAUAUUAGUUUAUUUCCAAAUCAUAGUAAAUAAUCACUUUUUUGAAAUUCGUAGCUGUUGGAUAGGGGCUUGGUGCAUUUUCAAGCCCUCCUCUUUAUAAUUUUUCUGAUAGAAUUCAAAUAAUCAUGACUUAUUCUAGAUUACUGUUGAAAUUAUGAGCUGAAAUGAUGGGAUGGUUCAGAGAAUCAUUGACUUGUUGGAAGGGACUUGAAGCAUUUUCAGCGAAAUGCUAUAAAUUUUGGUGAACUGAAGCAUUGGUUAAGUUACAAUAAUCAUAGAGAGAAAUAAAUUUACAAGCUGAUCGUUUUACUCAAAAGCUAUUUUAGGAUCUAAAAAAAGUAAUGCCCAAGCCUCCCAAAACUUGCUUAUUGCAUAUUCAUGAAAUAUUCAGAAACCAUAAACUGCCAGAAAGCACUGAGAUCAAUCCUGCUUACCCAUUUAUGACCCUGAGAGUUUGCUUGUCCUUUAAGAAAAAUGUAAUGUUGUGAAAUUCCUUCCAGUAGUGCCACUGUAUUUUGUCUCCAAAUAAAGAAGCUUAUUGUAGUAUGUUUGCAGAAAAAAAAAAUCUAAACAAAAAAAUAUACAGCUUAUUAGAGUGUGGGAAUAGGGGUCUAAAUUCUAAAUAAAAUAAAUAUAUAUAUAUAAAUAUACAUACAUAUAUAUAUAUAUAUAUAUAUAAAUUGGUGCUGAUUUUAUAAUUGCGCAGUUUGUUUAGUUUUUUCUUACUUUUAAAUUCCAGCUUAAAAAUUAUGAGGUUUCAGAAAUAUAUUGAAAGUUUAACAAUGUUUAAAAAUAGAUGAGCAUGAGAACUCAUGCUUUAAAAAUGAUUUUUAAUUUUGUAUUUUAUAUUGGUUUAUCUAUCUCUGUCUUUGCAAGCAGUCUUCAGGUUAAUACUUCUAACAGGUUACAGUACAUUUCCUCUGUAUGUAAAUUAAAUUGGAUAAUAGAAUUCAUCAAUUCCCCCCAUAAUAUUCUUUGAAAGCUAAGCUUUAAAUUUCAUUUCAUGACUUUUUCACAAUUAAAUUUAACCAUUCUAAAUAAAAACAUGGUUCUAUGCCAUUUUGACAUCAACUCACUGCAAGGCUUAGGCAGCUACACAUCACUUUAAAGGAAAUGUUAACUUAUAUUACAUAUGUAUAUUUUUUGUCAGUUGUCUCUCAGCUCUUGAGGUAUAUAAUUUCUAAUCAUUCCAUGCGCCUUAAAAUGCUUGCAAUACAAUAAUUUCCUCAGAUAAGCAAAUAUUUUUAAAAAGGCCUCUUAUUCAUUCAAAAAAUAAAAUUGUGGGCUGUGGUAGCCAUAAACCAUAGGUUUUCUAAAGUAUCGUGAUGACAUAAUUAUUUUGAAAAAUCAUGGGUUAAUGAACACACAGAGCCAAUCUGCCUAGCUUCAUACUGUCAUGUCUAAAAACAUACUGCCUAUACCCCCCCUUCUCCACACCACUGCAUUUAAAUGGAACUGCUGAAAGGACUGUAUAUAUGAUUUAAACUUAAGCUGAUUUUUUUCUUACUCUUGAAGGAGUGUUUCUUUGUGAAAGCAGUUCUUACAGCUUUAUGUUUUCAAACUAAAAAUGUUUUAUAUAUUUACCUUAACCUGUUGUCCUCCACAUUCUAUUGUCCUAAUUGUACUGUUUUCUGAUUUGUAUUUAUGUCUUGAGACAAGUAACUUUUUGAAUAAAAAUAAACCUACAGUAUGUUGUAAGUUUGAUCUUUUGGAAUCAAGGGUAGAGGAGAAAAUAAAAAAUAGUAUGAAUGGUGCAAAUGUUAUGUUUAUAAAAAUUAAAGCUUUUUCCAUGUCUUUGAGUUUUUGUCUCAGAAUUGGGAUAAUGUAUGGGAAAUGCACUGUUUUAUAUUUGUAAUAAAUUGUACAAGUUUUUAAAAUGUGAAUAAAGCACUAAUUGGGUUAAUAAUUUAAAGUAGAGAUGUUAUGCAAUGAUGAUUGGUGUAAACAUUUCUUUAAUUGAAGAUAAGUUUGUGUCUCCUCCCCCUCACCCCCAUUUUCCUACCUGCCCGAAUUGUAAUUGUAUUUAUCAAGCGCAUCAAGAGAAAAGAAUUUUUAGGGAUAUAAGCUGUUCACUGGUGUUCAUUAAAGUUGUUGAAAGUCCAA